AUGCUCGAAACCUCUAUUGAGAGCUCUCCUGACCGUUCAAACUCCUUCUCAAUUUUGGUUCUUGGCGUCUCUGCCUUCUGCACACUCUCUCACCGUGACCUCUGAUCAACCGAUCGUCUCACGAAAAACAUUUGUAGAGGAAAAGGCGCCCCCUUUCCGACCGCCCCGCACGAGGAUGAUGACGUCAUCAGGACCGUCGAGGUUCUCGUCGUUACUCAGGCCGCCGUUUCGGCUAGAAGAAAGGGUUUGUUCAAGCUUCUUUGAUUUUGUAUUUUCAUGUAUUUUUACUUAUUUUUUUCGGCAUAACUCUGCUCAUUGAGUAAGUUCAGUAUGGAAGAAGAAAAAUAGCCAUAAAAAUGUCUAUUGUCGGUUGGAAUGUGCGCUCUAUCGAUAAAUUUUGAAAUAAAAGCAUUUUUAAAUUUUUUUUCGAUUUUUUUUUAAAUUGUUCUUACCACGGAUCGCUUUUGAUUUGCCAUUGUAAGCGAUUCGUUUCAUCAUUCAGUUUCCCAGAAAGUUAUUAUUUUCACAAGAACGCUUCGAAAAAAAGACUGAUAUUACAGUUUCAAUCAAUCAGUUUAAACUUUUUUUUUCUGAAAAAACUUUUGCCUACUAAGAUAUUUUUUGGUUUAUCAUUUUAUUGGACUUCUACGGCAGUUUCAAACUCUACAGAAUAUCCCUUCAGUGAUUUUAGAACUUAGUUCAUGCCUGUUAAUUGUGGAAAUCGCCCCAAUAAAUCCGCGUUAUCCAUAGAGCGCACUCGCCAACUUCCCUUCACCCUUUUUAUUCCUCGCUUUCUCGUUUUUCACUACCCAAAGUGACGCGGCUCACUCCAUUGUCAGAUCCGUAUUAUUGCUUCUAUUCCUUGGUUGGGCAUCGUCACGAGUCCAGAAGACGUGCCGACCCUAAUCAGAUGUGAUAUGGGCGACGACGCGAGGAACGCACUGCUUCCAGUCGCCGUCGCCGGCGUCGCCGCCGACAUUCCCAUGCAAUUGGCCUACCAUCAGAAGGUGCUUACAUUUAGGAGUCUAGUUGGGAUUUUUGUUCGUUUCGUGUCAUUUAAGGUCCAAGUAACUAUGCCGUCCCCGUUCGAGUAGUAUCUUUAAGGAUCAAGUUGGGAUAAUGGUUAGCCCUAUCUCAUUCGACUGUUCCAUUUUCUUCCAAGUAGAUAUGCCUCAAAACCGAGGUUCCUGGCUUUAGUGAGAUUUCAUUAACCUACUAUCAAAAAGUGCUUACAUUUAGGAAUCUAGUUGGGGUUUCUGUUCGUUUCGUGUCAUUUUAACUGUUUCCUUGAGGUCCAAGUGGAUGUGGCUCCAAAGUGAGCCCUUUUCAGCUUCUCCAUUAUUUUUUUAAAAUUAUUUUUCUUCCUGGCUGUAAUCAGAUUGUAUCAGCCUACCAUCAUUUUGGGAUCUGUAGUUGGGAUUAUUGUUAGUUCUAUCUCAUUUGAACUGUUCUAUGACGCCCAAAAUGAGCCCUCUUUCAGCUUCUCUAUAAACCCUUUCCUUAUUUUUUUGAGAUGAGACUGGACUAUUAUCAGAAGGUGCUUACAUAUGGAAAUUUAGUUUGAAUAAUUGAUCAUCUUGUGUCAUUUUAACUGUUUCCUUGACGUCCAAGGAGAUAUGCCUCCAAAGUGAGCCCUCUUUCAGCUUCUCCACAGUGUCUUUUUUAUUAUUCAUUUUCUUUCUGGCUGUAGUGAGAUUGUACUAGCCUACCAUAAGAAGGUGUUUAUAUUUAAAAAGUUGUUGGGAUAUUCGUUCAUUUUGUCUCAUUUGAAUGUCACAUUAACGUCCAAUUCCUCAAAAACAGGUAAAUCUGUUUCAGGUAUCGUUAUAGCGCUUUUCUGAGCUUAUAUUAAAAUUCACGGUCCUUUCAUCAUUCUCUGAACUAUUUGUGACUAAAUGAGCUUUUUUCACCAACAAGCUUGAAUUUUAUAACCUCAUCUUCAUAUCUCGUCAUCGCUCCCAUCAUCUCAAACCUCCUCCUGACUUCUUGUAUGCCUGAAGUCCUAUUCCCGACUUAUUUCAUAGCCCUCUUAUCGAUCAACAAUGACGAUUAUUGCUCGAAUCAAAAAUUUCUACAGUCAAAACUUGAAUUUCCGACUGCCUCCUUUCCAAUUUUUCGAAAUUUUCUCUCAAAUUACUUCCAUUCUCAAGGGCCAUUCAAGCCCUCUUGAGAAAACUAUUAACCUUGAUUUUUUCUUCCUCAAGACGUUCCCAAGCCGUUUCCUUGAUUUAUUAGCUCACUCAGUAAACUUCAAAAAAUAGCUGAAAAAAAUCCGAGUACCGCCGAGGUUUUGUUUGACUUUCAACGGCUUGCAUCAACAUGUAAAGUUCGUUCUCUGAUUUGAACGAAAUUUUCGAAAAAAUGUUUUGUUUAAAAAGACCUAAUAGUACAAUUCAUGGCUUAAAUUUCGAUUUUUAUUAGAAAAGACAUUUUCAGAUCGUCGCAAAAGGGAAAAGGUUUGAAUAAAAAAAAAACAACUCAUUUUCGCCAAGAAUAGUGUUUUCUGCAUCAUCUUCCAAUAUCUAAACAUCAUAUUAACACUAAUGAAUCAUUUCCGAACAGAAAAACAAAAAAAAAAUCAGGAAUUCUGAUCAUUACAACCUUUUUCGCUAUCCAAAACAGGCUAAAACAGGUUGAAAAUGGCAAUUUCUCAUUUAGGAUGACUUGCCGUUUCACUUAUCUUUUAUAAAUUUAUGAGAUUCGGCAAUUUUUGGGCGAGGGCUAACUGGGUGGAAGAUUCACAUUUUUCUACCCGUAACCCCUUGCCUCAAAAAGGCUAAAAUUAAAAUUUCAAAAUUUAUAAUUAACAUUUUUUUAUCUGAUGAAAACGAUAAGAAAAACCACUAUUCUGGUUUUUUUGGACCAGAAUUUUGGUUUCUUUUUUUUCAACUUUCUACAACUCCCAACGCCAAAAAGUUAGAACUCCAAAAGCCGUUCAAAAUUGGGUCUUAUAACGAUACAGUAACUUUCAACAGUGAACUUAACUGGCGAAUAGAAUUUUUCGUUUAAUAUUCCCAUAUAAAUUCGAAAAUUGGAGAUCGCGUGUCUUUGUGAAAAUUCAUACCGCGAUAUAUCGUUUGGGACCCAUUUCUAACGGCUCCCGGGAUUUAAUUUUGUCUAUUUCGCGAAAUCACUUUGAAAUUUCAACUAGCUCUUUCAUUGCAAAAUUUGCCCCCGACCAGCUCCGAUUUCACCUCUCAUUCGAUCCUUAUUUCAUUCAACUAGAAAUUUAAAAUUAUUGAUGAGCUCAAAGUUACUUUACGAAAAGCUGCGAGCUCCCAAAAAUCAUGGAAGAGCCCCUAAUGUUUCUUUAUAUUUCAAAUUAACAGCCUCAAAUAUAGAUUAAAACUGCUCCAUUGGGAGCGAAACAUUUUCUCAAAAAAGCCACCCUCUUCGAAAAAGUAUAUAGAAAGCAGUAGAGCCACCAAAACGUUUUGCGGCCGACUUUCACUGGUUUACCGGCUCAAGUCGUCCGUUUUCCAGUUUCAACAAACCUUUUCCUAUUCUUAUGGAUCAUCUAGGACUGUUUGCGACCGACUUUUACCAGUUCCACGCCUCAAACUGUCUUUUUUUCCCCACCAAAACGACAUGGAUAUUCAAACCCUCCAAAGAAAGCCAGCCCUUCUAGGUUUUAGAAAACCGUAAAAUUCAACAAUCAAAUAAUAUUUCAACCGACUUUUAGUGCUCCCAAGCCGUAAAUUAUCAAUUUUCAGACCCAGAAAUGCCUGCUCUUCUCCCUCCUUUCACACACGCUGCUCUACGUUCUGCUCAACUUCGUCGUGCCGGCGACGCCUUUGGCAGCGGCUUUCUUUCUCGAUUUGGUCCUGCUCGUUAUCGCCGGCGUCGGCAUAAACAACAGGAUCCCAUGGCUUCUGCUACCCAACUUAAUCGUUAAGGUAUCCCAUUAAUCACCUGGAUAUUAAUUAAAGUAAACUUAAACUACAAAUUGAGACAUUUUCCAGUUCCUACUAUUCCUGACGGCUGUCGGUGUGACCUGCCUGUGCAUUGGCGGGCUUAAUGCCAGUCCAAAAGCAGCUAUCGAAAGGGCUCAGGUAAAUUGUUCCUUUUUUUUAUAGUUUACCUCUCUUUCAUCAACUUUUUCGACUAAACACCUUCUUAAUCGGCUACCUCAGCUUUAAAAAAAAACCUUAUAGUGGUCCCUUUCCCUUCUCUCACAACCUAGGCUGAUGACUCCAAAAAAAACGAUGAUAUUCAUAAAACCGUCAAGUUGUUUUGCAAGCUUCUGAGUGACCCCUUAAGUUAAUAUGUCAAUUUUUAGUUCAGAAUUUACUUUCUUAAGGUCAUAAUAUAAAAAUCUCAAUUCAAUAAAGUGAUCCCUUCUUGAAAUCUUCUGAGUGCUCUUUUAAAUGAAAUAAAAUUUUCAGUUCCGGAAAGCUCACACUCCGGAGCUGCUGACGGCUCUCCUAGAGCAACACCCUUCGAUUCCGCUUUGGUCCGUAGUCGUGGUCACACUUCUAGCUAUCGAGACUAAGUUUGUUCUAAUUAUUACAUUUUUAAUAAUCCCCUUAUCCAUAAUUUUCCAUUAUCGCUAAGAUUUGGAAUUUAGAUUAUUCUUCACGGCCUGGAAACACGUGGAAAUCAAACGAGCCGAGGAUAAUCAGGAAAAGGUGAAUAUUGCUUUUAUAGUUGCUUUUUGGCUAUGUUUCUUAAAAUUUACUAUUUCUCGGUAAAAAAUCGAGAUUUUCAGAACCCCCCGCCGUACUCGGUUUGCAUGUCGUCGUCAAAAUCGGUCAAUUCUCUACCGACCUACGCCGACGCCAUCAAAAAGGCCCAAGCCCGAGCUCCACCCCCACCUAAGCUUCACGAAUCGGCCGUAUGA